AUGGCGGACACCGAUUCCGAGGCACCCGUCCUGCGCAAGGACGGGGUGAUCCCUCACCAAGCCGACAAACUCGGGCCUAAACUGGCCGACAAAACAGAGAAGCUCGAGCAGGUAUAUCGCAGCGCAGCUGGCGCCGACAAUUCCGAGAAGAAAGAGAAGAAGGGGCCAGCGGGUGGCUUCGAUGACACGCCCGUUCCAAGAGCACCGCCUGGUUACACGGUCAAGAUUACAUUCCACAAAGCGGAGAAUCUGCCCUUUGCAGACUUUGGCACUCUGUCGUCCGACCCAUAUGUUCUCGCGAUUCUCCAGACGGACCUGCCUAAGAGGCACAAACAGGAUCCAGAUUUGAAAUUGAGGACGCCCACGAUACAUCGAAAUACAGACCCGGAGUGGGAGACGGAAUGGAUUAUUGCGAAUAUUCCCGCCAACGGCUUUCAUAUGAAGUGCAGACUGUACGAUGAGGAUCCCGCCGACUCUGAUGAUCGGCUCGGCAAUGUUCACGUCGAUGUGCCUCAUAUCGACGACAACUGGAAAGGGUUCUCGCACAAAAAAUUCCAGCUGAAGAAGCGCAUGGGGAGUAAAAGAGCCUACACGCUCCGUGGAUGCGCCGCUCUCAUCUCCAGGAGAGUCAAGUUACAUGGAGAUCUUAUCGUCAGCGUGGAGAAUCUAGGCAGGACGGACGCAGAGAACGGUGGUCGUGUGUACACCAUCGGCCCUUUGCCGUGGUCGCAACACCACUCGCCCUUGAUCGGGCGGAUAACAGGUACCAAAAACACGGAGCAAGGCAAAGACGGGAAGGAGGUAGAGCGCUAUAACUUCCAAUCCAUUCAGAUGCAAUUUCGCGGCCCUGUCCCGGCAGAGCUCUAUCACCGCUACGUCGAAUUCCGGCCCUUUGUAGCCGGCAUGUUCACUUCACACAGCAUCCGUGGGCGCCUCCUGAAUCGCGCUUUGCACCAUCAGCACAGCCGAAUCUACAACUACGAUCGCACGACAAAAUACGGCUCCUUUGCCGAACCAUGCCUCGAAAUGACCAAGCAGUUCCUUGAUUUCGUACAUUACGACGAAGGAGGACGGAUCUUCACAUACGUGUUGACCCUCGAUGGCCAAUUUCGUUUCACAGAAACGGGAAAGGAGUUCGGAAUCGACUUGCUGAGCAAACACACCAUGCACAGCGACGUGAGCAUCUAUAUCGCUUUUUCGGGCGAGUUCUUCGUCCGACGCGUUAAGCAUGCCAAGAUGCACAAGAACGAUGCGACAGUUGAUCCUCAGAAGGAAACACAUCCACCAUCCACACCGCCCGACGAAGAACAGAAGGACAAUGAGGAAGGCUCGAGUAAAGCAUGCACGAGUCAAGGGUGCACGAGUAAAUUAUGCUCAAGGUUAGGAUGCACGUGUCAAGCAAACAAGGCCCCUUCUUCUCCUCGACCUCAACCCACCGGCAACAACAUUAGACCCGAAAAGGACACGGAUCCGACGCAUUACGAACUCAUAAUCGACAAUGACAGCGGUACCUACCGACCCAAUGCUGAAAAGCUCCCUCUUCUACAUCAAUACCUCAGCGCAAACCUUCCCGGCCUGAAGAUCAAAACACUCGACUGCCAAGCCGACGCGGAGCUCCAACAGGCCCUCAAGAAAGAACAGACUGAGAAGAAGAAAGCAAGUACGGGAGGGAAAUCCGUCAUGUAUAUGCAGAACCUGAGCAUGUCGAGCUUGAGCAGUUCUGACGAAGAGGAUUUAAACGCGAGGGCCGAAGCCGGCGAGGAUGGGCCCCUGAAAGAAAGUCGGUACAAGAGGGAAAUGCACAAGUUCAUGGACGGGGGACGAGAUGAGCAUCAUGGCGAUGUAGUUGACGAUCAGCAGGUCAACACGGAGAGCAUUCUCCAUGAUCGUAACGUCGAUGGCGCAGCAGAACACGAAAAGGGCAAACAACGAGACUCGCCUGCUCCUGCUGUGGAAGGGGAUGAUGUGAAGGAAAAGCGGUAG